ACUUUAAGUACUUAUAGUUUACCAAACUAAGGAUGGAUUUUGUGCCCUAGUGUCUUUUGCCAUGCCAAUAAAAAAAAUAUAAUUCUCAUAUCUUGAUGCCAGCAACUUCGGAGGGGGGCUUCUUAAAUUUUUAAUUUAGUUUUUAUAUCAGACAGUUUUUAUAUCGGACAAAGCCUUAAUGUUGCCAGUUUUCAGUAAAAUCAACAAUGCCGUGGAAGAGACCAGACAGUGUUCCGACGGGGCAAGUGUGGAGUCGCUUCAAGGGGAGAGAGAGAGAAGGAAAACCAGCUAAAAUGUACCAGGUACGAGACCUGGACCCGAAGUACGAAGACCAGUGUCUGGAGCUGAUGGUGGAAACCUUCCUUCGAGACGAGCCCCUCUGCAGGGUAUUAGGCAUCCGAUCGGAUCCCACAUCCAUAAAGUCGAUUAGGGCCAACUGGGAAGAGUUCAUUGGUGAAAACAUUAGUCUGGCAUGCUUCACAGAGGAGGAUGGACAGCCUGACGAGCUGGUGGGGUUCAAUAUCAUCGUAAUGAGGUGCAGGGAGGACGGGGAGGAAUCUUUUGAACAUACAGAGGGAGAACCUUGGAAGAAGUUAGUCAAGAUCCUGGACACGGCAGAGAGGCUCGUCAACGUCUUCGACCUCUACGGGGUGGACAGGUACUUGUCUUCAAGCGGCCUGACUGUGUUGCCAGCUCAUCGGGGACAGAAUAUCGGCGCGAGGAUGUUUGCAGCCAGAGAGCCCCUAUGCAAAGCCCUAGGUGUCGAAGCGGUAUGUACAGUAUUCACAGCAACCACAUCACAGGUUUUAGCAGCUAAGUGUGGCUACAAGACCUUGGCAGAACUUGAGUAUAAAGACAUGAUGAAGUUUGGUAUCGAUUUGAGGGACGCGGAGUGCGUCCGAGCUAAGGUUAUGGGUAUCAAGUUUGAUUUUUAAUUGCUGUUUUCAAUGUCUCCACUGUUUGGACACUAUUAUUUAUUGAUUUAGUAGCGGCCUUUGUUAGAAAUGAAAGAUUUGUGGACUUAGGUAGGUACAACAGCGUUUAUUAUCGUACAAUGAGGAGCCUUAACACUUUACAAUCGCGGAACAUUUAUCUUAGCACACACGACUGUUACAAGACGAACGACGACACAGACUGACUUGAGAGCGGGCGCGGGAAGCGGGAACGCGUGAUGCUAUCAACGGACUAUAGCGACUGCGAGCGCCAAUCACGAUCGAGGACCGCGAACAUUACCAAAUAAGGCGUGUUAUUUGCGCGUGUCCCAGUAUAGUAAAAGCAUACGCAUUGCCGCCAGCCCACAGUAUAAAUUAAUGCAGGGAACGACUUAUGUAUCGGUAACAGUCUUUCUAGUAUUACAAAACAGAGUCCACUGCUGCGUCUGUCUGUGAAUAAAUAAAAAUAUUAGUGGGACUGUUUAUUAUAUUGCGCUAAUGAAUUUAUAAAAGUCCCGAAGGUGUUGAAAUAGACGUGUGUGUAUUCGUCCAGAAAGAUGGAGGCUCAGAGAGAGAGAGAGAGAGAGAGAGAGAGAGAGAGAGAGAGAAAGAGAGAGAGAGAGCGCGGGAAAUAAAACCAAAGACAAACGUCAAAGACAAAACUAAAAUGUUGCUAUUUCCAACAUUGUCCAUUCGCGGUAAACUCAAAAACUGACUGAUUUUCAUGCGGUUUCCACUAAUAGAUAGUGUGAUUCCAGAGGUACUUAUGUGUAUAGUUUAUUAUGUUUUAACACGUGCAAAUGCCCGCUUUUAUUAUAAACCUAACCAUUCCUUAGGAAUAACUAAAAUAUUGGUGAAAACCGUAUAAAAAUUCCGACAGA